AAUUUUUCACAAAAUCAUCCUAACCUAUUUUUGAAACAUAACCUUUUAUAUUAGCCGAAAUUUUCUAAAACAAUUAUUUCCAGAUAUGUUUAAUAAAUCAGCAUUACUACGAAUAUCAUCGUUAUUAUCUCAACCAGCAUCAAAAAAUUUUCAUUUAUCAUCAACAUGUAACGAAAUACGAAAACUAGCAAGGCUUCGAGUAGUAGAUAAUAGUGAAAUAGGUAAACGAGCCAUGGCCGAGGGUAAACCACCACGAUGUAUACACGUAUAUAACAAAACAGAGGUUGGACUCAUAGGUGAUAGAGUGCUAGUGGCAAUCAAAGGCGAAAAAAAGAAGGCUAUUCUGGUAGGCUUAAAACAGAAUCAGAAACCUAAAGUUCCAAAAUUUGAUAGCAACAAUAUUGUGUUAAUUGAUGACAGCGGAACCCCUUUAGGUACACGAAUUCAUGUCCCCAUUCCUACAAUUUUAAGAACUAUAUUGAAAGAAAGAACCCAUGCCAAAGGCGCUGAUUACACCAAGUUGCUAGGCAUUGCGUCAAAAUUCGUUUAAUUUGAAUAUAAUUUGUAGUGGUGUGAUAUGCAGUAAAUAUACACUAAUUUUAA